AAGCGUCUCCUGGUCACUGGCGAAGCCUCAGCCCGGACGACCAGGAGGGUGCAGAGGGCCUUUAGAGGCACCCCGCUAGCGAUGGGGAGCAGCGCUUUCUUGCGGAACACCGUAUUGAAUGGCCUCUUCCUGGGCAUGGAUUUGGACAGCCUCCUGAAGGACUGGCAGGAGCUGAAGCAGGAAGCCAGGACCGAGUUGGCGGACUUGCUGAGGGCCAAGGCUGAGGAGCAGGAGAGAGAGCUGGCAGCACUCACCCAGCUCUAUGAGGAGCUGCAGAAACUCUUGCAGGAAAAAAGCCUUAGGAGCUCAUCUUCCAAGGAAGCCAAGGCGACUCUAACUCAGCCCCCAGCCCAGCAAGGGGAAGCAGGACCCCGGGCCGCAGCAAUUGCCGGAUAGGAUCCUCCUUCCUUUGUGCACAAAAGGAUUCACUGGAACCUGCUCAACCAGAUUCCAUCA